GUUCGGGGGCGGCUGCUCGGCGCUCGCCUCUCCUCCCUCUUGGUUCUUGCGAAGAACCUGAUGUUAAAGACCUGAGGAGUUCGUCCGGGCUUUCCGAUCUCUGGCUUGACAUGCUGCCUUUUGGAGAUAAGACGAGGUAUUUGCUCACCGUUGCCACACUUCAGCAGUGGGACUUCAAGUUGAAAGCGAGUAAAUUUGGCUAUUUUUAGAAGUGGAGUCAGGUUUCCAUUUUGAAUAUUUUCCGAUAAACAAAGCAGUGGGGAUGCAGAGCACAAGCGAUCUGCAGCUCCUACGGUACAUCUUAGCGGAGAGCUCGGAGAAAUGGUUAAUGCAUGGUUUUCUGAGAGAGUUCAUACCAUCCCUGUCUGCAAGGAGGGAACCAAGUCCCAGAGUGAAUCCUGUGCUUGUCACCAGCCUGUCUGUGCUGAGACCACCAACUCUGGGACGCCAGCAAGGAAAAUCUCUGCUUCUGAAUUUGACAGACCUUUAAGGCCUAUUUUUGUCAAGGACUCAGUAGGAGCAGUGAGCUUCCUCUCCGACUCUGAAAGGAAGGAACAGAUGCCUCUGCAAUCUCCAAGAAUUGAGACCAGUGCAGGGGAUCAGUGCUCAAGACUGUUAGAACUUGUGAAAGAUAUUUCUAGUCACUUAGAUGUCACAGCGCUUUGCCAUAAAAUUUUCCUACAUAUCCAUGAGCUUAUAGCAGCUGAUCGCUACUCCCUGUUCUUGGUCUGUGAGGAUAGCUCUAAUGAGAAGUUUCUUGUAAGCAGGCUGUUUGAUGUGGCAGAAGGUUCCACCCUGGAAGAAGCUUCCAAUAACUGCAUUCGCCUGGAGUGGAACAAGGGCAUUGUGGGUCACGUAGCAGCGAUCGGCCAGCCUCUGAACAUCAAGAAUGCCUAUGAGGAUCCAAGGUUCAAUGCAGAAGUUGACCAGAUCACAGGGUAUAAGACUCAGAGUAUUCUCUGUAUGCCAAUAAAGAAUCAUAGGGAAGAGGUUGUUGGUGUGGCUCAAGCAAUCAAUAAGAAAUCUGGAAUUGGUGGCACUUUCACUGAACAAGAUGAAAAGGAUUUUGCUGCAUAUUUGGCAUUUUGUGGAAUUGUUCUUCACAAUGCUCAGCUGUAUGAGACAUCUUUGCUUGAGAACAGGCGGAAUCAGGUACUUCUUGAUCUUGCCAGCCUGAUUUUUGAAGAACAGCAGUCUUUGGAAGUAAUUUUGAAGAAGAUAACUGCCACUAUAAUAUCCUUCAUGCAAGUGCAGAGGUGUACCAUCUUCAUAGUGGAUGAAGAUUGCACUGAUUCAUUUUCUAGUGUGUUUCACAUGGAAUCUGAGGAAUUAGAAGAUUCAGCUGAAAAUAUGAAGAGGGACUAUGAUACAAACAAAAUAAAUUAUAUGUAUGCUCAGUAUGUCAAGAAUACGAUGGAGCCGCUCAACAUCCCAGAUGUCUGCAAAGACAGAAGAUUUCCCUGGACAAAUGACAGUGCAGAAAAUAUAAGUCAACACAUAAAGAGUUUGCUGUGUACACCAAUAAAAAAUGGGAAAAAGAAUAAAGUGAUAGGGGUUUGCCAGCUUGUGAAUAAGAUGGAAGAAAACUCGAGCAAAAUCAAGGCUUUCAACAGAAAUGAUGAGCAGUUCCUGGAAGCAUUUGUCAUCUUUUGUGGCUUGGGGAUCCAGAAUACCCAGAUGUAUGAAGCUGUAGAAAGAGCCAUGGCCAAACAGAUGGUGACAUUGGAGGUUCUCUCAUACCACGCUUCUGCUGCUGAGGAGGAAACGAGGGAGCUGCAGGUAACAGCGGCUGCUGUAGUACCAUCCGCACAAUCUCUUAACCUGACUGACUUCAACUUCAGUGAUUUUGAGCUAUCAGAUUUUGAAACAACACUGUGCACAAUUCGAAUGUUCACAGACCUCAACCUGGUGCAGAAUUUCCAAAUGAAACAUGAGGUCCUCUGCAGAUGGAUUUUAAGUGUAAAGAAAAAUUAUCGGAAAAAUGUUGCUUAUCACAAUUGGAGACAUGCCUUUAAUACAGCACAAUGCCUGUUUGCUGCUUUAAAAUCUGGUAAAAUUCAGAGCAAACUGACUGACUUAGAAACACUGGCUUUGCUGAUAGCAACUCUAAGCCAUGAUUUGGAUCACAGGGGAGUGAACAACUCUUACAUACAAAGAAGUGAACAUCCACUGGCUCAACUGUAUUGCCACUCAAUCAUGGAGCAUCAUCAUUUUGAUCAAUGCCUUAUGAUCCUGAAUAGUCCAGGAAAUCAGAUUCUCAGCAGCCUUUCCAUUGAAGAAUACAAGGCCACACUGAAAAUGAUAAAACAAGCCAUUCUUGCCACAGACCUGGCAUUAUACAUAAAGAGGAGAGGAGAAUUUUUUGAACUUCUACAGAAGAAGCAAUUCAAUUGGGAAGACCCUACACAGAAGGAGCUAUUUUUAGCAAUGCUGAUGACUGCUUGUGAUUUAUCAGCCAUAACCAAACCAUGGCCAGUUCAGCAACGAAUUGCUGAGCUUGUAGCUGCUGAGUUCUUUGAUCAAGGAGAUAAAGAGCGGAAGGAACUCAACAUAGAGCCAACAGAUCUAAUGAACAGAGAGAAGAAAAAUAAAAUUCCCAGCAUGCAGGUUGGAUUCAUAGAUGCUGUCUGUUUGCAGCUGUAUGAGGCCCUAACGCAUGUGUCAGAGGCCUGCUACCCUUUACUGGAUGGCUGUAGAAAAAAUAGGCAGAAAUGGCAAUCCUUAGCUGAACAACAAGAGAAGAAUCUGAUUAAUGGAGAAAGCAACCAAGCCAAACGGAACUGAGACGCUGAUUUAACAACCACAAGCUUAAGUUCACAUAGACGACACAGUAAUAGAGGAGUACUGCAUUUUGCUAAACACUCUAUGAAUUGGCUUAUAUUUUGCCACUGCUGUAUUAUUUUUCCACAUUUCAAGAUAUAGCAUGACUAUGUAUAUGCAAAGAUUAUAUAAAGACAGAAUGUUUCUCUUAUUACAUCUGACUGAGAUGGAAGAAAGAUCCGCAAUUGUAGUUUUUGCUGCCCUAUUCCACAAGAAGGUACGAGUGCAGUUACUCCAUUGUCCCCAAGAGUCUAUUACUUUAUAGAUGUAUAUAGUUAUUUAGUGAUCACAUUGUGGCCAGUAUCUUAAAGACUACUGCAUUUCACACCUUUUUUCCUCUUCCGGUCUUGCUGUGUUGUUAUAAAAGUAAUGAGCAGUCUUGCCCGUUCUCUUCCCAGAGGUUCAGAGGAAAGAUUGGGACUAACUGGGGAGCCUAAUCCAGCAUAUACUAUGAUAACUUCUUUCAGGAGAUAGAACUGGGCUUUGGAGCCAGAAUCUGUGCCCCAGCAGUUUUUUUCAGAUUAGAAGAAUGUCUUAGCAAACAUCUUACAUUUGGAGAAAGUUUAUAAACCCUGCGAAUUACUAGGCAGUGGGGUUCUGAGGAGUUUUGUGGUAGAAGUGUCAUAAUUAUCCAUGCACAAUGGAACCUGCUUGAAGAUUUAUGAAAUGUCUAAACAUAACUGACAAACUGCUGUGGAAGAAUGGCUCUCAAGCUGGAAGAAGCACACAAAGAAAUGGAAACUAAACAGAAUCAUGUUUAUAUGCUGGUUUUAACUUCAUUUGGAAGUUGAAUUUAACAUUACCCUAACCCACAGACUGAAUCACAGGUAGGAAGAGCAGAAGAUAAUGUGACUGCAAGAGCAAGAGAUGAAAAUCUGAAUCAAGAAUGAUGCAGAAAUGGCACACUUCUGGUGAUGAUCAAUGAUGGAUUCUUUGGGCCAGUGCUAUUAUGAAAUGGCUGUGACCACUUUGAAGAAAGUUUUAUGUUAAUAUGUUUUAAAAAUCAUUAUUAGCAUUAGUUAAUGUUAACAAUGAUUAAUCACAGUGUCUUAAAGGAAUAGGAAAAAAGAAUACCAAAAGCAAAAAUAGGCAAGAAUGCUACAGGGAUUUGCCAUUUGUAUAUGAGGCAUUAAUAUUCAGAAAAGUAAGAAAUCUAUUAGCUUGCACUAGUAAAAAAAGCAAAAUUAAUAUUUUAUUUAAAUCACUAAUAAAAAUUGUUUUGAGUUGGGAACCAAUUCAAGAAAAUAUACACAUUAGACAAAUCCCAAAAGAGUAAUACAAAUAGAGUACUAAUCUUUGGGUAGACACCUUAGGAAUUAAUGUCAACAAUAUAAGAUUGGUUAUCAGUAGGUGUAACUUUGGCUGCACAGAGACACCUAAAAAUGGUUUUGGGUUUUUUUUUAAUCUAUAGUAAUUAUUUUUUCAGUUAAAAUCAGCAACAGUAUUAGACAAAAUAAUACAUUUCGGAUUGUACUUUGAAGUGUGGAAGUUUAUUUCUAUCACAAUAAUCCAGAAAAAUCUAGUUGGAAACUGCAAUCAAUUCUUCUUUCCAGAAGAUUAUCAAUGUAAGAGCUGGCCAGAAAGUAAAAACAACCUCUUUUUAAUCAGUGUCUGCAUUUAGAUAAACUAUACCAGAAGCUAACAAAAGAUGAAGCAAAUGUUUCAAAAUGUUUGACAAUACUGUUUCAUAGUCAAUUUUUUAAAAUGUAGAAUAAAGUAUUCUGACUGUCUGCCGCAUUUCUGCCAACCUAAAUUAUUUGUCACUGAUUAAAUCCUAUCUCAAACUUCUCUAAUGAAUACCAAUAAUCAAUAUAUUAUUGCAGUUGAAUCUGAAAACAUUUUUCUACAAAAGGAUUUGUUCUGAGUUUUUUUCCAGAUUUUUCAAAAAAAGUGUGGAAUUUGACAAUAAUUAAGAACUUCAGGAAGUACUCCAUAUGUGUAUUUAUAUGCAUACACAGUAAAAGAUAUGUAUGUAGUAUGUCACAGCUAUGCAGAAAAAUGGCAGCAGCCUGCCCUCCCCAACACACAUGCCCUCCAAAAAAACUUUUUAGGUACUUUUUGGUAAAUAGGAAACUUGGUUUCAGGAUUUGCAUAGUCCUUGUAUAUUCUUUUCCUUGAAUGCUGGAGGUACUAAACUAUAAUUACUAUGCUAACAGAUGAAAUACAUAUUUAAUAUAAAUAUUAUUAGACUAUAUGUAUAUAAGGGUGUAUUCUGCUAGUAUGGUUGAGACUAGUAAUUCAUGGUGACAACACAGGAAACCAGCCACAGUGGUAUUACAGUAUAGUGACAUCAUCUACAUUAAGAUCCCAGAAUUUCUUUGCUAUAUUGUGUGUUCAACAAAGCUUUAUUAUGACAUAAAUUUAUAACUACUACAAAGGAGUGCUGGAUUCAUACUUUUGACUUGAAAAAAGGACAUGACAUUGCAUUUUUCAAAGGUUCACUUAAAAUUAAUUCAGUUACAUAGUAUGUGCAUGUAUUUAAUUAUGUAUCUCUACACAUGUAUCCUACAGAAUCUCUUCUACUACAAAUUGGAACAUAUAUAGAAAUACAGUUCCUAGUAAAUGAAACAUUUAAAUGUCAUAAUACACAUGUAUCUGUAAAUAUUCCUACAAAACCAAACCCUUUAAACUACUGGUUUAAGAACCUUAAAAGCAUAGAUUGCUGUACUUCCUGAAAUUUCAGAGUGAUCAAAUUGCUUAUAGCGUUUUGCUCUGCCUGAAAAUAAGGUCAGAGUGUGCCAGUUUUGUGUCAUAGUGUUGUGUGAACUGUUUGCAGAAAUUGCUCAUUCCUUUCAUAAUGGAAACAGGUGACAAUAGGAAAAAAAUCCAGGCUGUUUUGUGCCUGAAAUUCAUUGCCUUCAGAAUUCAACAUUUUCAAACCCAGCUAGUGGAUGACAGCUAUGGAGCUACCAUUAAUUUCAGCAUGAGUUCCAAAUUAUUUUAGUCAGGUCUGAAACAUUCUCCCCAACUUACAUUGUCUAGCUAAAACAAUCAGUGUGGAUUAUACAAGAAACAAGUUGAAAUGGAGUUUAUUACUUUGUCACUUCAGUCCUAAGUCCAUUAAAACCACUGUGAAAUUUGAUAUUUAAGUCUUCAGGUACAGAAUUUGUGCCAGUAAUUUUUAAUACUUGUCUCAGUAAAGACACCUAAGUUAGUGUCCUACUUGUUCUCAGACACAGACAUGUUUUCUUUUAAAGUCACUCUGCAGCACAGCUUAAUGUUUAAAGUAAACUUUUCUUUGAUUUUAUUCCCCUUCUGAAAAAAACAACAACUUGUCUUACACAAAAUUAUUAAUUAACCAUACCUCUGAAUUAAAAAUAACAGUGAGGCUCUUAAGUUGUAGAUAGUACUUCUUUUCCAACAAGUCAGUCACACAUCCAUUACUAGCUGUAUAAUGUUUAGGUUUUCUAUUAUCUCAUACAACAGAAGAAAAGGGAAAAUAAUGUAUUGUUGUUUUUUGAAAUUGCAUUUAUUUUUACUUAGCAGUUUCAAAUGAAGAGCAGAUUACUCUCCUAUCUUCACAGAAUACAAGUGAGCUAGUGACAAAAGUGAGUAAUCUGUUCCGCUGAUGACCAGUUGAUCUCUCUUUAGAAGAGAGGACUGAAGCCUGAUUUUAUGCAUCACCCUCUGGCAACCGUGUCCAUGUAAAUAGAAACUUUUGGACUCCAAUCCAAAGCAUUUCAUCUGGUGGUGGCACAAACUGACAAAACCAGAACACUAAUUCAAAUAUGAUAUUUUUCAAAAUUACUAAUUUUGAAAAAAAAUUUAAUCAAAACCUGAUUUUCAGACCUAUUAUGCAGAAAGAUUAUGAAGAGUCAGAUCUAGCCCCUUAGAAUUAAGAGGCUGUUGCUUGAGCAAUUUGGUUGAUGCCUCUUGUAGUUAUGCAUGAGAAGAUAGAAGAGUUUACAUGGAAAAAAUGCCUCACUUAUAAUGGAUUAAUGCAUUUUUAAAGUUUUUAUAGAGACCUAGUAUUUCAGACAACUUUAUACAUAAGCUUUAGUUAGGAGUCGUGUCUCUGUGUUGCUGUAGUUCCUUCUUCAUGUCAAGUCACAUGCAGUUUACAUUCUACAAGUUUCAGCUUUAUUUUACAAUUCCCUGCUGUACUUCUUCAGAGACUUGCACUAAUUAGAAAGAUAAGCUUGAACACUGGACCUUGAAUUAAAAAAAUUUAGUUUGGCCAGAGUGUGAGAAAUUAUGAGGGCUGGAUUUUUAGGUUUGGAAACAUCACAGAAUCUGGCCUGGUAAUUAGUGACACUUGCUAAAUACAGCUAAUUCCAACACUAAGAAAUUUUAUCUUUGUCAUUGCUAGAUGAAUGGCAAUUGCAUGGGAAAGUUUAUUUUCCACAUACAGAAAUUUGUUUCCAUAGAGAAACUCAUCUCUAAGUACCACUGUUUGUAAUUGUGUAUUUAUGUGACGAUGCUAUAUAACAGCUAGUUUCCACUAACUUUCACAGCAUGAGCUUGUCAUGCCAGGGCCUAAGGCAUGCUCAAAUGCCCAUUUGAAGUCAGUUAUAUGAUUCCCAUUUACCUCAGCGAGAGCUGGACUGAGCUGUAUAGAAAGUGAAAGAAUGGCUCAAAUCCAACUUUUUCACCUAUAGAGAGGGACCAAACUCUUACUCUUGGUAACACCUGCCUCACCUGCUGUUUGCUGUAUUCAGCUAUUCCUGCUAAUGCCCAAGAUACCUUACAGAUGUAACUGAAGUUAGAAUUUGAGCCCUCUAUGUGUUCACAUGGCAGACACCUGCAUGUGUGUCUUAAAGAAUGUAGUGUGAAAUGCACUGUAAAUAGUUUUAACAUACAUUUCUAUUAUAGUUUAAUAAAAAUCUUAAUCACAGUCACUAGCCACUGAGUUUGUCCAUUUGUAUGCUUUUAUCUUAAAAAUAUUUGAAAAAAUAUAGUUUCUGGGCACAGUAUUUUUGUACUAGGUUAAGGAGGUUACUCUGUAUAUUAUGUUUUGCAUUCAAGCAGUAUUAAAGUCUUCUUAAUGUUAUGUGUUCUUGCUUGCAUCUGUCCUAUGACUACUUAGGUAUAUUACUUAAGAGAAUCAUUAGUCCUACUUGCUGUACAGCUGAUAGAGAACAAAGAGUCAUAUAAUUCUCUAUGGUCAAACUGCUGGUUAUUACUUUUCUCAUUCUUCUGUUUAUACUGUUUUCAUGCUUUUUAAAAUAAAAAGGAUUAUGUCAAAUUUUGUUAAUAUUA